AUGAAUUUUAAACAGAUUAUUGAAUACUUUACGGAAUUUUAUCCAAAUUUUCCUAAUAAUCCAGUCCUCAAUGAUAUUGAAGAGAUUUCUCGUUUGAUGUCAAGUUCUUCAAGGACAACAAAUGAUAGAGCAAUGAUAGCGUUAACCGUUGAAUAUGUGGCUCGUAAUGGGGUUCAGACUAAUGAUAGGCAGUCCAUACGAAGGGCUACAGCAUAUUUUUUAUCUUUACUCCAACAUCGACACCGUAACCAAAGAAUUAUAUAUAAAGACAUUGCACAUCGUGUAAAUCGAUAUCGCGCCACAAGAAAUCGUUUCCAACACCAAGACUAUUUAGGAAGGCGUUCCCGUGCCCGUCCUAUUUGA